CGGAUCCGCUGCCAUGUUUGCCCGUUACAGGUCUUUUUCUGUGUAUUAAAAUUAGCACUUAAAUGGCAAAGGCGGGGUUACUGCCUUCAACUGCCACUGUGUUGUAACCGCCGCCCUGCCCGCAGCACCGCCCAGCUAAUGAAUAUUCAUAUAUUGCCUUACUAUGUUGUUUCAUAUCGGCCGAGUCUCAAAUUACCUACACCCUUACUUCAGCGCUGCUCCGGACGAAUGAAGCAGCGCUGAAGACCGCUUCCGGGUGUAGUAAGAAAUCCCGCACAUGCGCAGUAGCGUCCGGGACUCGGCCGAUAUGAGACAACAUAGUAAGGCAAUAUAUGAAUAUUCAUUAGCUGGGCGGUGCUGCGGGCAGGGCGGCGGUUACAACACAGUGGCAGUUGAAGGCAGUAACCCCGCCUUUGCCAGUUAAGUGCUAAUUUUAAUACACAGAAAAAGACCUGUAACGGGCAAACGGCGCAGCGGAUCCGGGCAAGUAAAACUGUUUGCGCUAACAAGUGAAGUGAUUGAUGGGGAGAUGCAGUUUUAUGCUAGAGCCAGGAAUUUCUACAGGGAUGUUCCAGCAUCAGAAGAAGGGAUGAUGGGUGACUUUUCUGACCUCUCCAACACUGACAUAGAAUCAUCUCGAGAAUUUCUAAGAAAAUUUAUUGGCGGACCAGGAAAAGCUGGGACAGGCUUUGCACUUGAUUGUGGUUCAGGGAUCGGAAGAGUCAGCAAACACGUUCUCCUACAUAUGGUUAAUAACAUUGAGCUGGUGGAUAUGACGGAGCCCUUCUUAGAAGAAGCCCAAAACUAUUUGGAAGACGUUGCCGAAAGGGUAGAAACGCUUUACUGCUACUGUCUGCAAGACUUCACACCUCCUGCUAGGAAGUACGAUGUCAUCUGGAUGCAGUGGGUCUCAGGUUACCUGACAGACAAGGAUCUUCUGGAGUUUCUGCUACGCUGCAAAAAUGGCCUCAAAGACAAUGGGAUUAUUAUUCUGAAGGAUAAUGUAGGAAGGGAAGGCUGCAGGCUCGACCCCAUGGACAGCAGUGUCAUCAGAGACAUUCACAUACUAAGAAGCAUCAUCGAGAAGACGGGAAUGUCCAUCAUCGCAGAGGAAAGACAGCCGGGAUUUCCCGAGCUAUGCGUCCCUAUCUGGAUGUUUGCCAUACAGUAGACAUUCGUUCUUCUUUGGGCUUCAUGGCAGCAAUUUAUUGGGCAGAAAUAGAAAAAUAAGGAAAGCUUAUUGGCUGAUAUUCCGGACUUGUAAAAAUAAGAUAUAAUGAUCAUUUGCAAGUCAGUAAAUGCAGCA